UUUCUCUGUUGACGAACGCCAUUGUGAGCCCUAAGCGCAGUGCGUGUUUGUUGUAUUUGAAGUGCUAAUUUUCUGAGUUUUUCACAGAUUUCAAAGGUAUUUUUUGUUUAUCUGGCUCAAUCAUGGCGCAGACAGCUGAUAUGCCCACAUUCAAGUGUGUGUUGUUGGGAGAUGGUGGCACCGGUAAAACAACUUUUGUGAAACGUCAUCUAACUGGUGAAUUUGAGAAGAAGUAUGUUGCCACCUUGGGUGUGGAAGUCCACCCUCUUGUAUUCCACACAAACAGAGGAGCCAUCAGGUUCAAUGUUUGGGACACCGCGGGACAGGAAAAGUUUGGUGGACUUCGUGAUGGCUACUACAUUCAGGGCCAGUGCGCCAUCCUGAUGUUUGACGUCACAUCAAGAGCCACGUACAAGAACGUGCCCAACUGGCAUCGUGACCUGGUGCGCGUGUGUGAAAACAUCCCCAUCGUGCUCUGCGGCAACAAAGUUGACAUCAAGGACAGGAAGGUCAAGGCCAAGUCGAUCGUGUUCCACCGGAAAAAGAACCUCCAGUACUACGACAUCUCGGCCAAGUCCAACUACAACUUCGAGAAGCCGUUCCUGUGGCUGGCGCGGAAGCUGAUCGGCGACCCGAACCUCGAGUUUGUGGCGAUGCCGGCGCUCGAGCCGCCAGAGGUGCAGAUGGACCCCAACUGGCAGAAACAGAUCGAGAGCGAGCUCAAGGUGGCCACCGAGACGGCGCUGCCCGAGGACGACGAGGACCUGUGAACGCCCCCCCCCCCCCCGCAUCCCCCGCUCGCGACCGUGCUGUACCCGCGUCCCGCCGCGCCGUGUCCUAUGGCGUCCCCCGACCCCUCGGCGGCAUUUACUGGCUCCGGGAGCCGCUGUGCGCUGCGAUGCGCGCGCGAUGCUCUAUUGCUUCGCCCGGCGCCGUCUGUUGCGUUGUGUUCGUUGAUUGGGAAUAAAACCAAACGUGUACUGUU